GCUGCUUUUUCUGGGGCUGGAGAAAGUGUUUUCUAGGAAGGAGGAAAAGCCAGUACAAAGAUUCAAAGACAGUUUUUCGAAUAGAUCAUCAGUUUUCAAAAGGUAUGCUUUCUGUGGGGACCACAGCAUACAUUUCAUUGCAUGAGAGGAGAAGCAUUUGAAUUUCUCCUUUGCAGAGUCUGAAAGCGGGGCAGGGAGGAACGUUUGUUUUAAGGGUGGCAGAAAAUGAAGGAUGCAAAUCAAACUUUUAGGGAGUCCUCCCUUUGGAAGCUGUAUGUGCUGUGGCUGGGAUGGAGGACCUCUUGGAUUUAGGAAUAAAAUGUUGUUAAUCUAGUCAGUGUGGCUAAUUAAAACAAUCUUUUAAAAGUAAUCAGAUGCUUCUUAAAAAUAUCUAAUUAUUUACCUAAAAUGACUGAAUUAUUUGUAGUUGCUAGCUUCUGCCUGUUUGUGUAAUUGUAAAACUAUCUUUACAAGCUUUGAUUGUUUUUAAAAAAAUGUUUUGUACACUCUCAGCCCUGAUUCCUUCAAUGUCUUAUGAGAUGAAUACACAGCACCGGGAGUAUCUGAUACUGUUUUCCUGGUCCUUUUUUCCUCGGAUUAUAAGCGUUUUUCUUAAGCAAGGAAAUCGCCCGCUGUUUCACUAACGCGCUCCCUGGGGUGCGUGGACAACUGCUUAGGUGCGGUUACAAUUCUCGUUUGCCCCUGGGCGGUUGCCAGCGGGGAGUAGGGCAUUGUGGGAAGUCGUUUCUUUACCUUCCACAACAGGUGUCUUUGUCGUGCACCUUAAUCAGAUACCAGUGUGGAAGCACUGAGUCACCGUCGCAAAGAAAGCUAGGAAAGAAAACGGUGCUGCGAGAUACAGCUGAACCCUUCUGGGGCUCGUGAGUGCGUGAAGCGGCGCCCAGAGCCCUCUAACGUGCUUCCGACAGGACAGACCAGAAUUCAAAAGGUGGGUGUGCGCACUGGCACUGAGCUGCAGUAGGAUUUUCCCGGGACGGCCUGGUCUGGAGCUGGGCGGCAGCUGCCGCUGUGGAAAGGCCAGCUGGCAAGAUGAUGGAAGAAAUCUCCAUUAUGGUAGCCUACGACGCCCAUGUGUUCAGCCAGCUGCACGACGAAGACCUCCUCACUAGCCUGGUGGCCAUCAGCAAGCCCCGGCCUAUGGUGCCGACCAAGAAGCUGAAGAAGUAUGAGAAGGAGUACCAGGCGAUGCGCGAGAGCCAGCUGCAGCAGGAGGACCCCAUGGACAGAUACAAGAGGGAGAACCGGAGACUGCAGGAGGCCAGCAUGAGGUUGGAGCAGGAGAAUGACGACCUGGCCCACGAGCUAGUGACCAGCAAAAUCGCCCUGCGGAACGACUUAGAUCAGGCAGAGGACAAGGCAGACGUGCUGAGCAAGGAGCUCCUCCUGACCAAGCAGCGGCUGGUGGAGACCGAGGAGGAGAAGAGGAAGCAGGAGGAGGAGACUGCUCAGCUGAAGGAGGUCUUCCGGAAGCAGCUGGAGAAGGCGGAGUACGAAAUAAAGAAGACCACGGCCAUCAUCGCCGAGUACAAACAGAUCUGUUCCCAGCUGAGCACCAGGCUGGAGAAGCAGCAAGCGGCCAGCAAGGAGGAGCUGGAAGUGGUGAAGGGCAAAGUGAUGGCGUGUAAGCGCUGCAGCGACGUCUUCAGCAAGGAGGGCGCCGCGAAGCCGGCAGCCAGCCCCCGCGCCGACCAGGGGGCCGAGCCGGACGACGAGAAGGACGCGCUGAAGAAGCAGCUGAGGGAGAUGGAGCUGGAGCUGGCACAGACCAAACUGCAGCUGGUGGAGGCCAAGUGCAAAAUCCAGGAACUCGAACAUCAGAGGGGGGCACUUAUGAAUGAAAUCCAAGCUGCAAAAAACUCUUGGUUUAGCAAAACCCUGAACUCGAUCAAAACGGCCACGGGCACCCAGCCCCUGCAGCCGCCACAGGCCACCCAGCCGCCCAAGGAGAGCACAUAGUCCCAGCCCCGCCCCCCCCGACACAAGAGCACAAUGUCACAGUGACGGAGACCCCGGAGGACUCUCCCGGCAUCCCUUUCGAAGAAGGAAGGUGGAGGAGGCCAGAGAGCGAGCCGGGGCUUUCCGCGGCCCUCCCCCUUUCUCGUACAACGCUUUCGAAGGGACGCUGUUUAGAUGGACCUGGUUUGUGUUGAACACCUGUGUCUGAGCUCCUUGGAAGGCCAUGUUCACAUCCGUUCUAGUAUUACGCAUUAUUUUACAUGCCUGAUGUUUAGUUGGAAAUAAGUAAUUCAGAACUAAAUGCUUUUUAUCGAGAACUAACUUCAUAAUUGUUUUUAUCUCACGUAAAAAUGAAGAUGUCUUUUAUUCCAGGGUUGAAGUGAUGGGAAGAUAUUUGUCACAAGCAAAAAAAAAAAAAAAAAGGAAACCUGAAACUCCCACCUUUUCAGGACUCCUUCAGAUAAAGCACACGGUGGAGCCGGCCGGGGUCACGCCGGGCGGCGUCCUCCCAAGGGGGGCUCCUGGCCGGCGGGUCCUGUCCGAGGGGGGCGCAGGCCUGGGGUCGAACGGGCCCCAGGGAUGGGUCGAGUGUUUCAUUUUCUGUUGGGUGCAUCUGGAAACAAAGUGCCAAGAAUCCCGGGAGAAGGUGGGCUGUUGAGGAAGGGAACGGAGAUUUUGGUAAACGAAGGAAGAACUGUAUCACUCGGGCGCUGGUGUUCUCUCAGGCCCUCCUGAGGGCUCCACGCGGGAACUGCAGGGCCUUAGCAGCAGCGCAGUCGGGAGUCGGGCAGACGGGAAGCCAGAGUGGGCAGCUCGAGUCGCGGCUGUAGGGCGCCUUCGCCAGAGGCGCCUGGACAGACCCGCCUGGACAGACCCAGGCGCCUCUGGCCUGUGUCCGCAGCGGACUCCAGGACCAGGGACAGAGUGUGUCAUUUAGUGUCAACUUGCACUUGCUAAGGAAACAUGAAUGCACCAUAACUUUGCUGAAGUUACAAAACAUGACAUCAAGGCCGGCUUCCCGUCGUCUUAAUGUCAGGCAACUUUUCCUGCUUUCUGCGGCUCCCCCGGAAUAGGCCCUCGGUACCCCUAGACGAAGAGAUGCAAGUGCAUUGGUGACAUUUUUGAUGGAAUGUGAAACCUUUAUAGAAAUACUUAUCUUGUGGAAGGGUGAAGAAAGCUAUUUAAAAGGUGAUGGAAAUAUUUUUUCAAUUAUACGUCACAUAUCUAUAUCAGUAGCCCACGCAGGAAAUCCUUCGGUAAGGGCAGAACGAAUGUCCCCGUUUUCUAAGCUCCUGUGGAGGCCUUCGGUCUUUCCCGCCAGCCCCACUGCCGUCGGGUACAUAUGGUGGCAUUGCUCACGCUCCUCCUCGGCUUCUGUGAUGAACAUACUCUGUCCUUCUUUUAUUAUUGCUGUCCAGUUACAGUCGUCCCCAUGUCCCCCUCUGCGUUCCCCUGCCCUCCCCCCCACCUCCCGCCUCUCGGCGAACACAUUCUUUGCAAAGGACCUUGAACCCCGUAGAGCCGGAGUGGGUCCCAUUGGUGCCGUGGGUCGCAGCUGGGACUAACCCAGUCCUGGGGAGAAGAAUCCAGGAGCGCCCCGACCCCAGGAGCACACUCUGCAGGUUGCUUCCCUUUAAAGUGACCCUCAGCCUCUGAGAAGUCACUUUGUUGGCGUUUGUGUCCUUUCCAACCCGUAAGACUGACAGGGUCGUCUGUCACCCUUUGUCACACUCAUCACGUGAUGUUGUACUUCCUCACCUAAUUUGUUUCUGUCCCGACAUCUUUCACUGUUACGUUCAUUUUCUUGACCAAAAAUGAAAAUCAGCCAGCACUCAAGUGUCCACAUGGAUUUUAACAUUCCCUCCAUGGUGGUUCAGAAAAACUCAAUUUUUUCUUGUAAAAUACAGCGGCUAGAGAAUUGCAUCUUGGUACUCGUUUCUACAAAUCAUUAGUAUAAUUUGUUAGCUUUACUGAUACUUACUAAUCUUUUAUUCCAGGAAGCCUUGUACAGGGUGCCUUAUCGAAUGGCCAGCUGAGUUAAAGAUUCUUGUGCUUUCUGAAUCUUACCGUUCCACUGUACGGAGUUCUUUUUAACUUCCAGAAAUCGGCACAUUCCACAGAACACCUGAGCUCUUUUCGUGAAGUAGCGGAGGGGGGAGCAGAAUGGCUCCAGGUCUGGUCCUUACCUGUAUACCCGGUGCAGUUUCAUAGCCUCUCACCUUCUUCUUAUACAAAAUCUCCAGGUGUAUACACUCCAGAUGUUUAAUAAAUCAGUCUUUUGCCUUUCCUUUUGACUUUUUCAAAGGGUUGUAAGGGUCAUCUAUAGAUUUUUUUCUCGUCCAGCUCCAUGUCACACUUGAGUGUGUUUUGAUACCAUCAGCCUGGGCUGUCCUUCAGUGCAGUGCCUCUGGGCCAGAAAAUCCAAAGCAUGGUGUAGGUGAGAGUUUUCACGCGGUCUGUUAUAAUAGCGUCACCGACCACGUGCCCGUCUCUGUGCGUUGUUGAACACUCGUGCAUCCCAGCAUUAACUGCUAGUUCUAAUUUCACUCAUUGGGAAAUAUAUUUGAGAAUUGCUACUCUAAUCUUGAUUCCUUUAGAAAGAGAUUAACCAGCCCAAAUAUCCAGGAAAUUUUCAGAUACGUAUUCUAGAAUGUUCUUCAUCUUUUCCUAGAACACCAUUGUAUGUAACACUCCGGAAAUCCAACAUUUGCAGCUCUGAAAAGAGAUUAUUUCUCUUCUUAUUAAAUUCUGCAAAAUAAAUUAAGGGAAUGAGCUUCAAUUUGAUUAUUCUAUCCAUGAGCUUUUCUAUCUUGAAAAUCUCAUUUAACACAUUCCUUUAAGCUGCCUUUUGAAAGAAACCACGCUGGAUUUCUCAGUGCAUAUGUUGGCUGGCUUCCCACAUCCUGAGCCAUGGAGCAAUUUGGUUAUAUUUAGUUACGUAUGAUUCAGUGCAGAGAAACAAACUCUCGGUUGCCUGAUGCUCGCAUAUGAGCGCCCAUCAGAACUCUAGUAGGUGGUCACGCAGGCCUGUGGCCUGUCCCCAUACAAGCCAAUCUCUGCCUUCCUCUCUCCCAAUACUAAGUUGGCAGUUUCUUCCUCAUGGGCUUUCUCAAACUUCCAAAAUAAAGCAGAACAACAGUCUUUGCACUGA